CCUCCCCCCGGGCCCCGCGCCCCCCCCCCGCCCCCACCCCCCCAUGGACAUGCUGGACCCGGGUCUGGAUCCUGCUGCCUCGGCCACCGCCGCUGCCGCCACCAGUCACGACAAGGGACCCGAGGCCGAAGAGGGCGUCGAGCUGCAGGAGGGCGGGGACGGCCCUGGAGCGGAGGAGCAGACGGCGGUGGCCAUCGCCAGCGUCCAGCAGGCGGCGUUUGGCGACCACAACAUUCAGUACCAAUUCCGCACAGAGAAUAAUGGAGGACAGGUGACAUACCGCGUAGUCCAGGUGACUGAUGGUCAGCUGGAUGGCCAGGGCGACACAACAGGUGCCGUCAGCGUCGUGUCUACGGCUGCCUUUGCGGGGGGGCAGCAGGCUGUGACCCAGGUGGGUGUGGAUGGGGCAGCCCAACGCCCCGGUCCCGCUGCUGCCUCUGUGCCCCCAGGCCCCGCAGCACCCUUCCCACUGGCUGUAAUCCAAAAUCCCUUCAGCAAUGGCGGCAGCCCAGCAGCUGAGGCUGUUAGUGGGGAGGCACGAUUUGCCUAUUUCCCAGCGUCCAGUGUGGGAGAUACCACGGCUGUGUCAGUACAGACCACAGACCAGAGCUUGCAGGCUGGAGGCCAGUUCUAUGUCAUGAUGACACCCCAGGACGUGCUUCAGACAGGAACACAAAGGACAAUUGCACCCCGGACACACCCUUACUCCCCAAAAAUUGAUGGAACUAGAACACCACGGGAUGAGAGAAGGCGAGCUCAGCACAAUGAAGUGGAGCGGAGGCGGAGGGACAAGAUCAACAACUGGAUCGUCCAACUUUCAAAAAUCAUUCCAGAUUGUAACGCAGACAAUAGCAAGACGGGAGCGAGUAAAGGAGGGAUCCUGUCAAAGGCCUGCGACUAUAUCCGGGAGCUACGCCAGACCAAUCAGCGCAUGCAAGAGACCUUCAAGGAGGCUGAGAGGCUGCAAAUGGACAAUGAGCUUUUGAGGCAACAGAUUGAGGAGCUGAAGAAUGAGAAUGCUGUGCUUCGCGCCCAGCUGCAGCAGCACAACUUGGAGAUGGUGGGCGAGAGCAACCGGCAGUGACACCCACCCCAUCAUGUAGCAGGGCCACCUCUGGGUCUCUGCUGCCCCCUUCCCCAGCCCUUAGCACAGAGAGGGACAGAUGCCCCUCCCCCAGCUGCGUUUUUUUAUAGUAGAUUUUUAACAAAAAAAAAUGGGGAGAAGUGAUGCAUUUCUGUGGAUAAGCACCCACCACUCUUCUCAAUGUGGAAGUGAUAGCCUCCCUCCCCCAUCUGUGUCCCUUCUCCUGGGCCCCACUAAGCCCCAGCACUUCUAGUGGUCUCAUCUGGAGGCAAAAGGGAAGAGGACAGAGGCUUUGGCCAUACCCCACUGCCUCCUUAGUCUCUAGAGGUACUGAUGCGGUGCUUAUGGGAAGGAGGGGGAGCCCUUGAGGGGCCUUCCCUGGGACCUGGACCUAAGCAGGGAGGCCAUGUCCCACCCCACCUCUUGUUUCUGGAUUCCUGCUUCCCUUUGGGCGUGUGCGUGUGUGUGUGUGCGCGUGUGUGUGUGUUUUAAUUUUCUUUAUGGAGAAAUGGACAAAAAAAUAGAGAGGUAUUUAACUGCAAUAAACUGGCCCCAUGUGGCCCCGCCUUGUC